GCUUGGCCCCGGCCCAGCGAGGCAAUGGCCAAGGUGUCGGUGUUGAACGUGGCGGUACUGGAGAAUCCGAGCCCUUUCCACAGCCCCUUCCGGUUCGAGAUCAGCUUCGAGUGCAAUGAGGCCCUGGCGGACGAUCUGGAGUGGAAGAUCAUUUAUGUUGGCUCAGCUGAGAGUGAGGAGUUUGAUCAGAUCCUCGACUCAGUACUGGUCGGCCCUGUCCCAGCAGGGAGACACAUGUUUGUCUUUCAGGCUGAUGCCCCCAAUCCAUCCCUCAUCCCUGAGACUGAUGCUGUGGGUGUGACCGUGGUCCUCAUCACCUGCACCUACCAUGAACAAGAGUUCAUCCGUGUGGGCUACUAUGUCAACAAUGAGUACCCCAACGCUGAGCUGCGGGAAAACCCACCCCAGAAGCCAGACUUUUCUCAGCUCCAGCGGAACAUCUUGGCUUCCAACCCCCGGGUGACCCGCUUCCACAUCAACUGGGAUAACCACACAGACAGGCUGGAGGCCAUGGACAACCAGGACCUUUCCUUGAGCAGUGGCCUCCCCCUUAGCUGUACUCCUAUUAAGGGCCUGGGCCUUCCUGGCUGCAUCCCUGGCCUUCUCCCUGAGAACUCCAUGGACUGCAUCUAAUUGGGGGAGCUCAAG